UUGGUCACACAUAAAAGCUGCUGUUAAGACAGUUUGCUGUGCUGUUAGGCGCAUUUCUUGUUUACAACCGGUUCAAUUUAAUAAAUAUAGCUUUUGUUUUAAUAAAUCGCCAAGGGAUUUUAACUAUCACACAUGGAUGCGUCGCCAGGAAGUUCCUCCGCCCUGAAAACAGACACCGAGGAAACUGGACUGAUUUCUCCGACUGUGGUGGCCGGCUUAAAGAACCUGGGUGCCAUUAUUUCGCUGCCACUCACCAAACUGCUCAUUGCAAAUUCCUUGAAACUAACGCUCCAUCCAGAUGCCACCAUUGCUCCCGUGCCCGAGCUCUAUGCCAGCAAUGCCGCCUGCGCCAAACAGAGCGAGUACGCAGUGGUCACCCUCUACGCCCUGGCCACCAAGCACGGCUGGGAUGGUCAUCAACUGCGCCAGCAGCUGGAGCAACUUAACGUGGAAUCAGCCGCCGUGGACGAGCUGAGUCGUGUUUACGAGGACAGCCGCAAAGAUUUGAUUCUCCGCCAGCUGCAAAUAGGCCAUAGCUUUCCGCACAUCACGGACAUCCAGUGGCGCAUCGUGUGCGACGUCAAGUCUUCCACCUCUGACUGCAGCACGGGCGUGGCCAGCUUCCACAUCAAUCUGGGCAACUUCCGGCAGAGCAGCGGCGAGCGGGUGACCAUCGUUGAGUUUGUCUGCAACGCCGAGGAGCUGCAGUCACUGAUUAAUCGUCUAAAGGAGAUCGAGCGGCACUGCCAACAGAUGGCCGUGGUCUAGGGA